AAAUUUUCAUUCUCUGGUUUUAAUUGAAAAGAAUAAGAAGGUAGCUGUUAUCAAAAUAAUCCGCUUUAAGAGUGCUAGGUUAGUGCCGGAUAAAUAUUGAACAAUUUUAAAACGAUCUAGAAUUAUCUAGGUUUUGAAUAAUACAGUUCUGCAGACUUAUGGACUGCCCUCCAACGGCCAAAUUGCUGCAGUUUUACGGAAGAGAAUCGCUGCCAGUUCUCCCGCUGUCACUAACAUGCGGGAUUACGAUGAAAUCACCGCUUUUCUCGGAGAAUGGGGACCCUUCCAGAUCCUCACCUUCUUCGUUUUAAGCCUCAGUGUCUUUCCCAAUGGCUUCGGUGGAAUGUCCAUAGUUUUUGUCGGGGAUAUUCCUGAACAUCGCUGUUUUAUUCCCGGGAAUCUCAACCUCAGUGAAGCGUGGAUGAACCGGACUAUCCCUCUGGAACAAGCCAAGGGGAAACUCCAGUACAGCAAAUGUAGACGGUACCGGUUGGAUGUGAUCAGGAAUCUUUCGGAGAUAUUUCCUGACCCAGAUUCCGUCAAUAUUUCUGAGGUGGAACAGGAGCCCUGUUUGGAUGGAUGGGUGUACAGUAAGGAUCAGUAUAUCUCCACCAUCGUCAGCGAGUGGGAUUUGGUGUGUAACAAUGACUGGAAAAUGCCAUUUUCUAUGUCAAUAUACUUCCUGGGAGUCCUGGUUGGUUCAUUUGUUUCUGGAAUGUUGUCAGAUAGGUUUGGUAGAAAGGCAGUUCUGUUUGGGACCAUGGCUGUACAGACUAGCUUCAAUGUACUUCAAGUAUUCUCAUCAUCUUGGGAAAUAUUCUGCCUGGUGAAUUUCCUUAUAGGUAUCGGACAAAUCUCAAACUAUGUGGCUGCUUUUGUUCUGGGAUCAGAACUUCUUGGAAAAUCCAUUCGAAUUACGUACUGCACACUGGGAAUUGGCAUUUCUUAUGCAUUCGGUUAUAUGUUCUUGCCUUUGGUUGCAUACUUCAUACGAAGCUGGCAGCUUUUGCUUUUUACGCUGUCUCUUGUUGGCCUGAUAUACAUUCCUUUGUGGUGGUUUGUUUAUGAAUCUCCACGCUGGCUGCUGUCAAAGGGGAGGGUACAGGAGGCAGAAGCAAUAUUCCAACACGUUGCAAAGAAAAAUGGUCUUACUCUACCAGAGGAGCUCUUCAAUGAUUUGGAGCUUGAAAAUAUAAAGGAUAAAAAUAUAAAGUCUUUGCCAAUUAGUCACUUGGUAAAAACCCAUAACAUUCAAAGCAUCACCAUUAUAAGCCUUAUAGUGUGGUUGAUUUUAGCAAUUGGAUACUAUGGUCUGUCUUUGAACACACCCAAUCUCCAUGGUGAUGACUAUUUGAAUUGUUUCUUCGCCGGUGCCAUCGAAAUUCCAGCCAAUCUGGCAGCUUGGCUUUUCCUCCAGAAGCUUUCUCGCAAGUUGAGCCUCUCGGGCUCACUUUUUUUUGGUGGAAUUGUCCUCUUCUUCAUCCAGUUCAUACCUCCAAGUGUUUCAAUGCUUGCUACAGUGCUGGUGAUGGUUGGAAAAUUAGCAAACACAUGUGCCUUCACCAUAAUUUAUACCUAUACUGCUGAACUCUACGCAACUGUGAUAAGAAACACAGGUGUCGGAGUAAGUUUGAUGGCUUCCAGGCUGGGCAGUAUCAUCUCACCUUACUUUUUUCUCCUCGGAGUUUAUUAUGAGUUUCUGCCUUAUAUUCUGAUGGGAAGUUUGACCAUACUUUCAGCAAUUCUGAUCUUGUUACUGCCAGAAACAAACAAUUUCCCUCUCCCAAACACCAUUGACCAGAUGCAGAGAAUGAAAAGAUUCAAAGGUGUUUGCAACCAUCGCUAUCAUCUUAAUACAAAUGAAACGACCACAGAAGUCAAUUGUGUGGCUAUUAAAAAUGAGAAAAUUUGACCCAGUUUUGGUGAUAAAUCUGAAGCAAUGGAGCACUGGACAUUCAUCGUUUCUUUUCAGUUUAUGCCACAGUGUUCACUGUAUGGUAAGUUUGUUGAGAAAUGCAACACAGAUAAUCCACGACCACAGUCAAAUUCUCAAAUCCCAAGCAUGCAGCCCCAUUUGAUAUGUUACACAAUGUUUAAAAAAAAAUUCACUGGACUGGACUUUUUCUAAGGUCUUAGCCAAACAGUUUGUUGCAUUUUUCUUUUACUAUCCUACGUCUCAUUGCCUCUGUUCAUUGGAUAGGUUCCUCCUGACAGUACAAUUUUGCUAAAGACACUGACGUAAACAUCAGCACCAGAGAAAUAAAAUUACUUCAGUCAAUGCUUGUCCCUUGGCUCCAUAACAACCAAUUUUGGGCCUAAAUCCUACUGUUGGUAUAAGAUUAGAAAUAUGUCAUCAGGUUAGAAAUUUGGAACAUAAAUGCUAUUCAGUCCAGCAUUCAAUUAAAUCAUGGUUGAUAUUAAUUUUAACUCCACCUCUGACACUCCUUAUUUCUCAUGCUCAACUAAAAUCCAUCAUUUUCAGUUUAUACAUUUUUAAUUUUCUAGCCUCAGGAGCUUCUUGUGAGUAGGGUUGAAGGUUUCAAUGUUCUUUUCUUUUAGUCAUUUAUGAAGUCCACUGACAUUUAUUGCCCACUGUUAAUUCUCCUUGGCAAGGUAGUUAUACAUCUUCUUGAACAGCAGCAGUCCAUGUGAUGAAGGUACAUCCACAGUGCUAGCUGAGACAGUUGCCUAGGAUUUAGACCCGUGGUUCUAAGUCAGGAACAUGUGAGACACGGAGGGGCCAUGCAAAGAACAGAAGUAUGUCACUCAAACCUGUCCCGCCAUUCAAUAUGAUCGUACCUGAUUUGUUUGAGUUUCAAAGUGUACAUUCCCAUCUACCCAGGAUAACCUUUGAUCCUGUUUUAAAAAUAUUCAAUGACCUUCCAUCUUCUGAGGCAGAGAGCUCCAAAGUCGCUGAGAAAGAAAAAAAAACUUCUCGUCAUCACUGUUCUAAUAUACUGUUAAACAAUGCCCCCUAUUUUAAGACUGACCCACAAGAUGAAAGAUCCUUUCCACAUCCACCUUGUCGAGACCAUUAAGUUUGCCGGUUUAGAAGGUGAUGACAAAGGAAGCUUGGUGAUUUGCUGCAGUGACUCAUGUGAUGAUGCUAAGCUUCUUCAGCAAUGUUGGAACUGCACUCAUCCAAGCAAGUGGAGAAUAUUGCUGAAUACUUCUUGUACUUUAUACAUGGUAAACAAGUUCUGGGGGGUCAAGAAGUGAGUGUCUCACCAUAGAAUGCAUAACAUCACCAUAGAGGUCUACAUUGGUCUAAUUUCAGACUUAUGCCUCUUAAUUCUUGACUCUCCCACCAAUAAGCAAUUUCUCUCCGUCUACAUUGUCAAAUUGUUUAAUGAUUUUAAGCAUCUCACUUGCAUCUUCCAUGUAAAAGGAAAUUCAAGCCUGGUCUAUAGAAUCUGGACUCAUCAUUUCAUUACUCAGCUCCAGUAUAUUUAUGUUCCGGGGGAUAUUUUGGUAACUCACACUAAGACUUGCAGCUUUUUUUAAUUACAAAUCUUUUUUUUUAUAAUUCCCACACCUGGUGAUACAUGGGCAAACAAAACGUGUUUAUAUCCGUUACAAUCUCUAGGUUUUUCUAUUGCUAGAGGCUAUAGCUUGAGUGGUGUAACUCUUCAUCAAGCAUGAGUGACCAGGAGACUUUUCUGCUCUUUCUGCCUGCCAUAGAAGCAUUAGAAAUACUUACAGAUUGAUAUUAGCCUGUUUGGCCAUAUUACAAAUUUAUCUUAAGUAGUCAUCAAACACCAGAGUGGCACUGAAACAUGGAGAUUUGGCUGUGAGGCAGAGAAGAUACCUACUGCACAAGACUUCCACAUCCCAAAUCUACCCAGAAGAGUUUCCACCACUUCUUCCUUCUCAUGUUCUUUCUCAUGAUUCCUUUAUUAAUAUUGCUGCUCCUCCACCUUCUACUAGUUCACUGUCCUUUUAAAGUUAUUGUUACGUGCAUUAUUUAUCUCCUAGUUACACCCAGCUUGUAACUACGUCUCAGUCAUUGCAAGGCCUCAGUCAAAAUCACUAUAUUACAGCCUAUAAACUGGAUUGUGCUUGAAUUUGUUUCUUCCAACCCUUAUGCUUGUUCUUUAGGUUCUUCUUUCAGGAAACGUUCCCACAAUAUUGACCCAAUAUUGUUUUUUUCAAAAUCUUAAUUGUUCUACUCACCAUUUUUCACCACUUCUCUUUCACUCUUAACAGCUCUUUUGCUUUCCUUUUUUCUGUAUCAGAGCUAUUUCUAUACUGUUUGUGACCUAGAGUAUGUUUUUAUCUGACAUUUCCCCUAAAUUGCACAGCCACACUGUCAUUGCAGCAAAGUAAAUGUACCCACACAAGCUGUAUAUGAAUCAGCCUCUUUUAUUCAUUGUGAAUGCAUAAUAAUUUGAAGGGCCUGUGCUCUUAAAAAGGCUGUGCACUACAAAAAAGGAACAUAUAUUGCGCCAAUCUCUUGUUUUCCUCUUUAGACAAUUUUUACUUCACUUUUUAUUUUUUCUUGAGCACUCCUGAUUUGAAAUUUGCAGUCACUAACAAUGUGACAACACGCAUCCCGCACUGAUCUCAAAGGAAGAUACAUACAAUAAUCUAGUCAUCUCUAAGACAUUAAACUCACAUCUGGCUGUCACCUUCAAUUUGAAAAUGACAACUCAAGGAAUCUGCAGGUAACAAACAAUAGUGAUGCCAUCAAGCAAGAUUAGCAACCUGUGAAGAUUUCUCACAAACAGUAAACUCAGAAGUAAGAUGUUCUAAUUAUUUCUACAUUUAAAAUUUACAGAGGGCAAAAUGAAGAUUGGUCUAUACUCACUAGAAGCUGAAAUAUCUUAAAUAAGUUUUUUUUAAGAAAGAUGGGUUUUUUUAUUGUAAUAAAAAAUGAACGUUGUAAUGUUGGGAGCCUGUUGCAGAGGUCAUUGAGUCAUACAGCAUGGAAACAAACCCUUCGGUCCAACCAGUCCAGGCCAACCAUAAUCCCAAACUAAACUAGUCCCACCUGCCUGCUCCUGGCCCAUAUGUCUCCAAACAUUUCCUGUUCAUGUACUUAUCUGAGUGACUUUUAAAUGUUAUAAGCAUGCCCACAUUCACCAGUUCCUCACGAAGUUCAUCCCACACACGCACAACUGCCCCUCACAACUAUUUCAAUUCUUUCUCCUCUCACCUUAAAAGUAUGCUCCCUAGUGUGCCAUCUACCCUUGUUGCUGCUUAAUAUUUUAGUGUUGAGAAAGUUCAUAUAAACUCAAUGUUUUUUGAAGUUUACCAUACAUAGGGACUUCAACUCUACAUAAAGGAGAGGAGAAUCACUGACAUCUUCUAGGUUUUUGCAUUUAACAGCACACAUACAGAGGCUAGACGUUUUUGUCCACUUCACUGUCUUUACAAUCUAAAUUUAAUGCAUUUUUUAAUGUCCUUUCCAAAAUAAUUCUUGACCUUCUAUCAACCUGCUCCCAUUGUAUAACUCAUUUCUGCUCCACAGAAUGGAACCUGUAUUCUCGUGCCAGUCCUUCAACCAUUUAUUUUGUUUUGUUACAAAAACAGAAAUUGCUGGAAAAACUCAGCAAGUCUGGCAACCUUUGUGGAAAGCAACCAGAGUUAACAUUUCAGGUCCCGUGAACCUUCUUCAGAACUGACUGUAGCUAGAAAAACGUUGAUAUAUGCUUAAGACGGGGUGGGGAGAGGAGGGAGGAGUAAAUGAUAGGUGGAGAUGGAGCCCAUAGAAAGAGAAUAGCAUGGGACAGAUAAAGGAAUAGGUAAUGGUCAGUCUGGGAGAAUCAAUAGCUGCUAUUAGGGACCAUUAGUAGCUGACAAUGAGUUGGUUAUAAUAGUAUCCCAUGUGAUGAAAGGCCUGGUGUGUGGGAUCAGGAGAACAAUGUGGAAGAGGCUGAUCAGGCCCAAAAAUUAUUGAACUUGUUAUUGAAUUCUGAAGGCUGCAGGGUCCCCAAGUGAAAAACGAGAUGUUGUUCUUCCAGCUUGCGCUGAGCUUCAUCGGAGCACUGCACCAAGCAUGAGUCAGAGAUGUUGGCCAGGGAACAGGUUGGUGUGUUCAAAUGGCAGGCAACUGGAAGAUCAGGGUCAUUUUUGUGGCCUUCUCCCAAUCCCCACACAACUUCAGCAUAUAAGCCAAACCUAUCCUAGCUACAAUCAAUUUCAAAGAAGGAUCACAAGACCCAAAACUUUAACUCUGCUUUCUCUCCACAGAUGCUGAGUUUCUCUAACAAUUUCUGCUUUUGUUUCUAAUUCCCAGCAUCCACAACCUUUUUUAAAAUUUAUUUUGCUGAUCAGUUUGUUCCACAGGCAUUUUCAAGAUGAUUUGGAUAAAAUUUCGAGAUCACUACCCUCAAGGUCCUGCUUUUAAAUUUAACUCCUAGUUCCUGAUAACCCCGUAUUAACACCUUUUUCCGAGUUGUAUGACUCUAUGACCUGUCCUUCCUGUAUCAUUUGUUCCAAGAUUUGGAACCACUGGAUAUUCCCUUCCCUUUUCAAUCCCUUCUUCAAUUGUUCUGAGGUAAUAACACUAUGUAGGAACUCUCCUAUACUUACAGUCACAAUUGCAAAGAUGAACUCCACAAUGACUGGAACUUUUCUGUUGUGGAUGUUCUUUCCUCAGAAUGCCUCCUACUCCAUAGUGUCAAAGCGUUCAUUCCGUCCAUGCUAAAGUUAAAACAAAUUAGGGGUCCUUUUGUUUGGGGCAAUAUUAGAUAAUUGGAGUAACAAUAGAAAAAAAUAUUAUGGCUGAAAUGAGAAAGAUCAGAAAAUAUUACAUUCAUGGUCAACAACAUGGAGGUGAUCAUUUUGUUGAAUAGAAAUAUAAUAAUGUGCCUUGUGCAAAUAUUUUGGCUUGAUGUUUAGAGAUUAUUUUAGACAUAGUACACAAUGUAAACAAAUACUUAUACUGCUUCUUUAAACAUACCUCAUAUUCCAGAACUAGAUCUGGACACAUGUCUGCAAACAUUAUUUGAUUAUGAGUGCAGUUUUUGAUAAUGUUUAGUUAAUUGUUAUUUCAUUUUUCUUCAUUUAUUCUUUUGAGCAAUGUUUUUGCUAUGAUACCGGGAUGAUUAUUUAUUCUCCUUACUAGGAAGUUUCAUUAUUAAAUCUGCAAUAAUGGAUAAAUGAAUACAAACAAUUCAGCUGUUAUUAAGCAUUUCAGUUGUUAAUCUGAAUUGUAAGUGAUGUAUGAAAUUCAUUGGAGCCUCUUCAUUUAUUUAGCAACUAAUUUCUAUUAUUAAUUUAGACUUAAUAACAAUAAUUGAAGAUAACGUAGGAAUACUGUAAACUUAAUAUUGUCACAGAAUUUGCAUGCAAGUCCAGUUAAAACCUAGGUUACAUUGUUUUAAGUGAAUAGAUUUUUAUGUUUGUACUUUCUUUUGUUCUGUAUAACAACAUAUCACAGUUCACAGUAUUGAGGCAAACUUAUUGAGCUCAUGUGACCAUAAUGGUGUUUGUUCCAAAUAAUUUCUUCAUGAAUGACUAUACCUCCUGACUGAAGAGAAGUACUCUUUAAUAUAAAUAAAUAUGGUUUACCAAUAAA